CUCGCUCGCAGCCUCGCACCACGGCCAUGGCGGCAGAUCGUGCCGGCCAAGCGCCGCCUCUCCGCGCUGCCCGACACGCCUCCCGCAUCGGACGCGCACGCCAACAUCAACGAUGACCUCGUGAUGAACCGGCGUGACCUCGACUUCAUCCUGUACGAGGUUGAAAACGUCGAGGCGCUGUGCCAAACCGAGCGCUACCAACACUGCGACCGGGCAACCUUUGACGCUGCGCUGGACACUGCCCACCAGCUGGCGCACUCACACUUCCACCAGUACAAUGCAAAGGGCGACCGCCACCCGCCGCAGUACUGCCAGGAGACGGACACGCUGACGCUACUGCCCGAGCACGUCGCGGCGCACCGCGCCUAUUCCGACGCCGGCUUCCUCACCACGUCGAUGGACGCCGAGGUGGGAGGGUCGCAGAUGCCCGUCGCAGUGAGCGGCGCCGUCGGGCUGCACUUUUCGUCCGCAAACGCCGGCUUCUCGGCGCACUUCGCGCUCAACGUCGGCGCUGCAAAGAUCCUGCAGCACCACGGCACCGACGAGCAGCGCGCGCACGUGCUCCCGAAGCUGCUCAGCGGCGAGUGGUGCGGUACCAUGUGCCUCUCCGAGACGCACGCUGGCUCGUCGCUGACCGACAUCCGCACGACGGCGCACCCGCAGCCCGACGGCACGUACAAGAUCCGCGGAAACAAGAUGUGGAUCACCGCCGCGGAAAACAACUUUGGAGGCACCAUCGUGCACAUGGUGCUCGCCAAGCUGCCUGGGGCGCCCGCCGGCACCAAGGGCAUCUCCCUCUUCCUCGUCCCGAAGCAUGCGCUCUCGUUCAGCGAGGAGGGCGUCUCGCUCGGCGAGCGCAACGACGUCCGGCUGGGAGGGCUUA